AUGAUAUCUUCUUAAAAAAGAGAUGGAGCAUUCAUUUUUAGCAUGCACUCUAAUCCACUUCUUAGCGUGAUUGUAGAUAAUGAAUGGAGAAAAGAAUCUUUCAAAAAUGUAAAUAUAUUCAUCCCCGAAGGGGCUAAGCUAACAAUAAAUAAUGAUGCAAACGAUGCACAUGAACCAUCUUUGAAAUUUCCAAUCGAAAAAGUAAAAGAAUGGAAUGAUAUUGGCUUACAUGAGCUUUUAGGAAAGUAUACAGAUAUCAAAGAGAUUGAUAAAAAAGAUAAAUGA